ACGCUGGGGCAGGAGCCCAUAUCAUAUCUUCAUACCCACCCUCCAAUCCCCUCCCUAUAUAAAUCUUCCACCACUUCCAUCUUCUCCGAUGAGAGAAAAUCCUCCCAUUUUACUCAACACUCCUGUCUCUCCCCACAGACUCAAUGGCAGUCACAUCCCGAUUCCUCUCUCUCCCACCUCCCACAACCCCCACCGCAACGAAGCCCACCAUUUUUUCCAUCGCCCCAACCUCCAUAUCCAUCCCCACAAGAAGAAGAAGGUCACCAGUUCCAGCCAUGGCGUUUGCCUGUUCUACCACCUCUUUUAUUGGCAGAGUGGGGUUCCAUAGACGAGAGGGCAAUGUUUCAAUUCUCUCUUUUGGGAUAAACCCAGGCCCCAUUUCUGAAAUUCCCACCACUGACUCUUCCCAGCUGUUGUCUGCUCUGCUUCCCUUCGUUGUUGCCGCCACUGCUGUUGCUGCUCUCGCUCAGCCUUCCACCUUUACUUGGGUAUCAAGGGAAUUGUAUGCACCUGCACUUGGUGGGAUAAUGCUGUCAAUUGGGAUUAGGCUGUCCAUUGAUGACUUUGCUCUUGCAUUUCAAAGACCUUUACCACUAUCUAUUGGGUUUAUGGCACAGUAUGCGUUGAAACCUGCCCUUGGAGUGUUGAUAGCAAGGGCAUUGGGGAUGUCCCAGCUGUUCUAUGCCGGUUUUGUUCUCACUGCCUGUGUUGCAGGGGCUCAGCUCUCUAGCUAUGCCAGCUUUUUGAGCAAAGGGGAUGUGGCAUUGAGCAUUCUCCUAACCAGCUCCACCACCAUCGCUUCAGUGCUUGUUACCCCUCUUUUAACUGGCCUGCUGAUUGGGUCUGUUGUUCCAGUUGAUGCAGUUGCCAUGUCAAAGUCGAUAUUGCAGGUUGUUCUUGUUCCGGUCACUCUUGGUCUUGCUCUCAACACAUAUGCAAAACCGGUUGUGAAUUUACUUCGGCCUGUGAUGCCUCUUGUUGCCAUGGUUUGUACCUCACUGUGUAUUGGAAGCCCUCUUGCAAUAAAUAGGAGCCAAAUUCUGUCUGCAGAGGGUCUCCGUUUGGUUUUCCCGGUAUUGGCAUUUCACACAGUGGCAUUCACUGUGGGAUAUUGGGUCUCCAAAAUUCCAAUUUUCAGGCAAGAAGAAGAAGUUUGCAGGACAAUUUCUCUGUGCACGGGAAUGCAAAGCUCGACCCUAGCAGGGCUUCUUGCAACCCAGUUCCUUGGAGGCAGUCAGGCUGUUCCACCAGCCUGCUCCGUGGUCGCCAUGGCUAUCAUGGGCCUUAGUCUUGCCUCUUUCUGGGGUAAUGGUGGCCGAAUCAGGGAUCUACCGUCCCUGCUUCUCCCACAAACUGGUUCCACUGUGGAGGCUCAAUGAAGGGUGAAGCAACUAGUAAGAGCAUUUUGAGGGACUAGAACAUGCGGUAACUCUAGAUAUAAUAUCAUAUACAGAGGAGGGUAGGAGGAUACAGAAGGCAGAAAGUAGGGGAGAGCUAAACAGUAGUUAGUCGUAUAGUUAGAAGAGCUCUUUCCAUCAGCCACAGCUCAAUGUUGCUACUCAUGUAUAUAGGACAAGGAGGAAGAUAUUUAACAGAUAGUUAAAGAUGGCUCACA